AUGGAGAAGAACGACGGAUCCAGUGGCGGUUCAGCAGUGAAGGUGGAUCAGAAGCAGCAGCCAUCUCCCCAAGGGAAGAACGAUUCUGCUGCCCUCCACAAAAAUAAUGAAAGUGGUGAUACAAAAAGUCAGAAUGAUGCACCUUCAAAAAGAAAUCCAACACCAACUCAGCAUAUAAGUUCCAGUGACAGACUUACCAUUUACUUUCAUGCGGUCCUGUCAAAAGACUUCAAGUUUAACUUAGACGAGGAUCGUGUCUUCAUAAGGGCUGGUGGUCGCAUGGGUGACUGGGAAAAUAACCUGACAGAACUGUCUGUGUCACGGGAUCUUGAAGAGCAUGGAUUUCUUGUUGAAGGGAAAUUUGUAUGCAAAAAGGCCAGUGUCGAAACUGUGUCCAUCCCAUACAAGUAUGUUGUCUAUAGAGAAAAAAAGCAGAAGUAUGAGUACGAAUACAUCUACAAACUGGAUUCAAAAGAGACCACUAACAGAUGCCUGUUUGUCAAACCACGUUUUCUCAAUGAUGAAGGGGAAUGGCAUCAGUAUGACGAUAUAAUCUGUGCUGAACCAUCUAAGGUGAAACGGUUGAAAGAAGUCUUUUGGUCUGAUCAAAGGAAAGGUAUAAUAGAGGGAAGAGAAAUCGCUGGGACAGUCAUGCUGGAAACUAUCUUUGACCUCCUGAGAAACUGGAGCAAAAUCAACCUCAGCAGCUUCUUCAGUCAACUCAAACAGUUUUAUGAAGUCUAUGCAAACCCUUUUGUAUUCGAAGGAAAAGAGGAAAAAUGGUACUCCCUCAAUUACGGUGAAAAAGAUGUGAGCAGGCUUCUGAAGCAGUUCAUGCUGGAUCGAGUGACCCCAGAGAUAAAGAAGGACGGGGAGGGAAAGAGUGCUUUCAUCAAGGAGCCACUGAAGGCUGCUCUCAUCAUGCUGUAUGUGUGGAGACAGUAUCGUCUGGAAUUAGACAACGGAGCUCUUUCCCGUCUCUGCACUGCCCUCUGCCUGCCGAAAUUACCCAAGGAUGAGUUCCUGUCCUUCUGGAGUGACAUAACAGCAUCAUUCUCAGAAAUAAAAAGCUUGUCUGAGAUGGUGGAAGCGCUGAUCAACAAAGUGAGAGCUGCCACGAUGCCCAGAUGGAUCAUCAUAAUUCCACUACUGCAUCUUCUCAAAGGAUCUUCAAAACCAUUUGAGCCAGUGUUUAACAAGAUCAACCCACAAUAUGGGCUGAGCUGGGCUGGACUACAGGGACUCAAAUCAGCUGAUGUACUUUCCAUUGGAUCCCAAGAUCGAAGGUCGAUAUUGAACCUCAUGAAGACACAUGGACAUUUGGUUGAGGUAGACAGACUGCUGGCCCGGUCUUGGAUGUAUCUGAUGACUGUAGAUGAGUUGGUUGAGUGCAGCUCCAUCCUACAUGUAGAGCUCCUGGACAUCCUGCAGCUUUUCACCAUGAAAUGCCCCAAUGAUAUAUCCUACAGCACUUCCACAGGUGUUUCGGAGACUCUGGCACACAUUCAAAGUCACUUGCUCGAACAAAGUUACAGCUGUCUGAAUGAGGCUUAUGGCAUUCAGUGCAUACAAGCAACUUGCAAACUUCUAGAGAAGAUCUGCAAAGGAGUUAACUACUACGGCUAUGCCCAAAAUAUCACUGAUACUCCUGUUGCUUGCAUGAACCUUGUGGCCUCUGUAUCAGAAUUUUCCCAGAAAACACAACAAACAGACGCUUUUCCCAUGAAGACUCUUGCGUUACUCAAUGAUGCCAAGCAAACUGUGAGAGCAUGGAUCAGACAAACCUUCAAAGGCAGGCUUUUGAACAAUAGCUAUCUAUCUCUAUCGGCUAUGAGCUUCACUAAAGAGAUUGAGAUGUGGAAUAACAUAAUUGCCAUCGAUUUCAUGAGUAAGGACUUCACUAAAGAAUGGAAAGAAACCUUUACACGAGACUUUGAGGGGAAAUAUCAACAGGAAGAUCAUCUUGAUCAAAUUGAGGUUUAUUGCUCAAAGAUUGAGGAACUUAACAGCUCCCAGCCUUUUUUGGUGGGUAGUGUAGAGAAGUGUGCUCUCCAGGCUGUUACCACAAUAUGCCAGACUAAAUCUGAGGGUAAACUUUUUGAGAGAUUCAGUAAUUUACGGAUAAACUGGAAAUUUGGAAAGCUUGUGUCUACCAUCAUCCUAAAGUCCUGGCCAAAAGAUGACAAAGGAACCUCUCUGGAGGAAGAAGUUCUUCUCAAACAUCUUCUGGGGUGGACAGCAGCCAAAAAUAUAUUUCAGCUUUAUGGUGCUGAUGAAAAACUGAUUGAUCAGCUUUCUGAAGAAGCUAAAGAGAAAUUAGCCAUGGCAACAUCAUUAUUCACAAGCAUUUUACGUCAACUUGUAACUGGGAAAAUAAAGAUAAAGCUACUCAAUCUCAUCCUGCAGAAGAGGAGUUCGUUCUUUGAGCUGCUUAAUUUAGAGUGUUUUUGUGAAAAUGAAGAAUACAAGGACACCAACGCCAUGAAGAGGCUUCUUCAGUGUAGACAAGAGGAGGUGAAGGCUAUCAAUCAUGAGAGUGCAUUGGUGGAUGCUCUCAUUACAAUGUGUCGCAGUCUAGAGGAGCAUGUGACUGUUGAUUUUGAAGGGUUGGAAGAAAAACACCAUAUUGACAUAGAUGAGAUGAACCUGGAUGAAUUCAUGGAGGUUCAUUCAUUAAAUCAAAUUUCCUCUCCAUUGUCACAAGUAGUCACCUACUUUGAGCUUGAUGAUGAGGUUCGAUCUAUGGCGGAGGUCCUCAAUACCUAUAAAGACAGCUACAUUUUCAAAUCGUGUUGGUUGAAUGAGGCAAAAGAGUUGGAAGAUGAGGAUAUCACACUCGAAGAUCUUAACAGAGAUGUAUUCGAACCAUGUUAUGAUACCUACAGAAACAUAUACACGAGCCUUAAAGAUGGUAGCAUAACUUUUGAAAAGGUUGAUGCAACAUUCAAGGCCUACAAGGGAAAAUACGAAGAACUGGCAGAGGAAGUUGCAAUUAUUUGCAAUCUGGAUCUCCGUGAUGACCAGCGAUGGGUCCAGACAAGAAUCCAGCAGAUCGAGCAGUACCAUGAGCUUCAUCUGGCAGUGGAGUCGGCUCAGGUGGUCAUGAUGGUCAAAGAUACGCUCUGCCUACAAGGAGACUUUCGAGUCUUGGACAAGUUGCUUACUACUACACAGGUGGAUUUUAAACAAGAGCGUCUUGACAGCAUUGACAAUGAGCUGAUGCAGGCAAAAACUGUGCUUGUGGACAUCACAGAUUCCCGUAGACUGUGCCUUCAGGAACUUGGCCUCAGGAAGAACUUUGUUAUGUGGGUUAAAGAGGCUCUUGAAGACAUCAAUGAGUUGAAAGUCUUUGUGGAUUUGGCUUCCAUCUCUGCUGGCGAGAAUGAUUUGGAUGUGGAUCGCGUGGCCUGUUUUCAUGAUGCAGUUCUUGGGUACUCCUCAAUGCUCUAUGAUUUAAAGCCAGAUACUGACUUCAGGCUUUUAAAAGAUAUGCUGAAAAAACUUUGGAAGGCACUUGACAAUGACCCCAAUCUCCCCAAAAAAUUGCGUGACACUGCAAGACACAUUGAAUGGUUGAAGACAGUCAAGGAGAGCCAUGGGUCAGUGGAACUGUCCUCUCUAUCUCUGGCAUCAGCUAUCAACACAAAGGGCAUCUACAUUAUCAGUGCACAAAACCAAAAGAAGUUAUGCUUGGAAAAUAUUCUGAAGCUUCAAAUUAUGGAAGAGCAUGAUGAGGGCUGUGAGACACGCACUUAUUCUCUUGAAGACCUCAGGGAUCUUCAGAAUAAAUUGAUGCUAAUGUCUGGCAAAGGAGAUCAAGGCCAGUGUGAAGUCGAUCAGUUUGCAGAGGUAUUUGCCAAUGUACAGAGGUUGGCCUCUGCUUUUAUUGAUUUGUUUGUUGCUGGAAAUCCAUUGUUCAGACAUUGGGAGGCAAAUGUCAACUCUAAUAGUAAAGAUGCGUGCAUCAUAAUGGACUUCAACUUAGGGAGUGUUGUCAGCACCAUCGUGGUGGAAGGUGAUGUCACAGAUCAGUUGCCUAAAGUCUGUAAGAAAAUCGAGAGGUGCCUACACUUCUGGAAGAUUUUUAUGGACAAGCAGAGAUCUCAGCAUUACUACUUAAACUAUUACACUGCAGAACAAGUAGUCUACAUGUGCCGUCAGCUCAGCCAGAAAAAUGUGACCGAAAUGGAAGAUCACGUUCUUAUGAUGCUCUCCUUUAUCAAACCUGAUUGCUCCACUUCAGAUUUAAGACGGGCUUGGCACAGGCUUCAGUAUGAAGUAAUUAAGAAGGGUCCUGAGCAAAACGAAGACUUAGACUUCCAAACUUUUGUUGAAGUCCCCAGUGUGAUUGAAAAUGAUAGUACUGAGGAGCCAUGCCCAACAUUUGACGACCUGGAAAAUCUCUUGGGGAAUGCUAAUGGGUCGGAAAAGCUCGAUGUGAUUUGGAACGCUUACAUGCGAGACAUGAAGAAUUUUCUGCCAGACUCCCUUGAUGUCAGAAGCCUUGGAUAUCUUCUUGAAAUUUUGGCCAACAGCCCCAGUGAAAUUGAGGGUGAUGGGUAUUUACAGGAUGAGAGAACAAGGGACAUCCAGAGGAAACUUCCAAAUGGAAUGGCUAUUGGAAGACCAAAUCUAAUCAUCUGCCCUUCUGAGGAAAUUCUGAUAUCAUGCAUUUCAAUUUACAUGAGCAGCAAGAAUGAGCCUCUACCAACCUAUGAUGAAGUCCUACUCUGUAGUUCUUCCACUCCUUAUGAAGAAGUGGAACUUUUCCUCAGACGCUGUCUCUCUGCUGGCUACAGGGGAAAGAAGAUAUACACAAUGCUCUAUGUGGACCAACUCCCCUACGAAGUGAGCUACAAAGUGGAGCAAUUUUUUCAGCGUCAAAAUGCCCUGAGCAGGAAUGAUUACAGGCUGGUGUUGGUCUGCAGCUCUAAUAGAGAACAUGCAUACCUUCCUUCAGCUUUUAGUCAAUUCAGAUUGCACUUGAUUCCCCAAGAACCAAUAACCAGUAUUCAACGAUACCUUUCUAGGCAUUUCACAGUCCCAGCUGACACAUCCAGUGCUGCUGAUGUGUUCAAAAACAGACAAUGUGUGGGAAUUGUAUCCUCAGAAAGAUCAGGAGUUGGAAAAUCACUUUACAUUAAAAGAAUGUAUGAGAACUUGAAGAAGAUCACCAAGAAGCCUUCGCAGCUGAAGUGCAUCAGGUUACUUGACCCAAGAAUUGAUGAAAAUGUCAUCCUUCAGACCUUGCUCAACAGCCCCAAGAAAAAUGAGCUUUCAGUCUAUCAUUUUGAUGUCACCACCAUGGUAAAAAAAGGACUUCAUGAAUUUCUGUUCAGGCUGUUGAUCCUUGGAUACCUCAAAGACUCAGAAGGAAACAUGUGGAAAACCAGUAAUAAGCACUUGUAUGUCAUCGAGAUCCUGAGACCUAAUGCCAGCACAUCCCGAAAUGACCGAAGAGCUGGUGCAAAUGUUCCAUCUGCUUACUUGGAUGUGUUUCCAAGUGUCUAUUGCCGUCCUCCCAAAGAGGUACUUGAGUUGGAAAUGAGAAUCCAGGAAGAUCCAUCAAUAAUGGAGGAUGAAGAUCCCCUUAUGGAUGACCAAGAGUUCAAAAGUGAGGCCUUCCAGCGGCCUUAUCAGUACCUGAAACGCUUCUACAAUGGUGAAAAUUUAGAUGCCUUCAUGUACCAUGGAGUGGAGGGCACUCAUGUUGAAUGCCUGCAGAUGUUGUUUGUGUACUGCGGCAUCGUAGACCCCUCUUGGGCAGAGUUGCGUAAUUUUGCCUGGUUCCUGAACUUACAACUUCGCGAUUGUGAGAGAACGGUUUUCUGUGAUGUGUCUUUCGUUGGGGAUACUCUGAUGGGAUUCAAAAACUUUGUUGUUGAUUUCAUGAUUCUCAUGGCAAAGGAUUUUGCCACUCCUUCACUUACCAUCUCUGACCAGAGUCCAGGAAUACUGCACAAUGACCUUUCUUCUGCCAAUGAGGAGGAUCUAGCUCCCUUUAGGAUAAGAAAACGAUGGGAGUCAGAACCACAUCCGUACAUUUUCUUCAAUGAUGACCACGAGUCCAUGACAUUCAUUGGCUUUCAUCUUCAGCCAAAUGCACAGAAUGGGAUUGAUGCUAUUGAUCCAUCAACAAAAAGAGUGAUCAAGCAGAACAUCAUGACCAAAGAGCUCUAUGAGGGCCUUACACUUCAGAGGGUCCCUUUCAACAUUGAUUUUGACCAGCUCGAAAGAGGGGAGAAAAUUGAGAGGCUUUGUAGGGUGUUGGGAAUACAGUGGCCUCUUGAUCCUGAUGAAACGUACGAGCUCACCACAGACAACAUAUUGAAAAUGUUGGCAAUUCACAUGCGCUUCCGCUGUGGGAUUCCUGUUAUAAUCAUGGGUGAGACAGGAUGUGGAAAGACCAGGCUAAUCAAAUUCUUUUGUGAGAUGCACAGAUGUGGAGUUAACACUGAUAACAUGAAACUAGUUAAGGUUCAUGGAGGGACAAGUUCAGACAUGAUUAACACCAAAGUAAGAGAAGCAGAGGCUAUGGCGUUAAGAAACAAGGUGGAUUAUGGCUUUGAGUCUGUGUUGUUUUUUGAUGAAGCGAACACAACAGAGGCCAUUAGCAGCAUUAAAGAAAUCCUCUGCGACAACACUGCUAAUGGACAGCCUUUGACAGGUGACACUGGCUUGCAAAUCAUCGCAGCUUGCAACCCAUACAGAAAACACACAGACGUGAUGAUCAAGAGAUUGGAGUCCGCUGGUUUGGGAUACAGAGUUCGUGCUGAGGAAACGGAUGAAAAACUUGGAUCCAUUCCACUUCGCCAACUAGUGUACAGAGUGCAGGCUUUACCACCUAGCAUGAUCCCGCUAGUUUGGGACUUUGGACAACUCAAUGACAAUACUGAGAAAAUGUACAUCAAGCAAAUAGUUGAAAGGGUAGUUGAAACCAAUUCCAUUAGUUCAGAUUACAUCACAACCAUCACUGAUGUUCUUUCUGCCUCACAGAAGUAUAUGCGAACAAGAGAGGAUGAGUGUAGUUUUGUGAGUCUGAGGGAUGUAGAGCGCUGCAUGCAAGUCUUUGGCUGGUUCUACAAAAACUACCCAAUGAUACUUGCAGAGCUUGACCAGUUUGAGAGAAGUCAGCGGGCAGAGAGAAAUGAAAAUCAGAGGAAUACUGACGAAACGAACCCAAUUCUUUGGUCAUUACUGAUGGCUGUUGGUGUGUGUUACCAUGCAUGCUUAGAGGAUAAAGAGAAAUACAGAAGGAAAAUUUGCAAGUACCUUCCAGACACCUACAACGAAAAAACAGUGCUGCAGGAGAUUUCAGUUAUUCAGGAUCUUUUUCUGAGUGGAGUCCCAUUGGGUGAAACCAUUGCUCGAAACAAUGCCUUGAAGGAAAAUGUCUUCAUGAUGGUGAUUUGCAUUGAGCUACGAAUACCUCUCUUUUUGGUUGGAAAACCUGGGAGCUCCAAAUCCUUGUCUAAAACUCUGGUUGCAGAUGGCAUGCAAGGCCAAGCAGCCCAUUCGGAUUUGUUUAGAAAGCUGAAGCAGAUCCAUCUUGUCUCCUUUCAGUGCAGUCCUCAUUCUACACCAGAGGGGAUCAUUAAUACAUUCAAGCAAUGUGCUCGUUUUCAGGAAGGCAAGAAUCUAACAGAGUAUGUCUCAGUCGUAGUGCUAGAUGAGAUAGGCUUGGCUGAAGAUUCCCAGAAAAUGCCUCUGAAAACUUUACAUCCUUUGCUGGAAGAGGGAUGCAUAGAUGAUCAGCCGGUACCUCACAAGAAGGUGGGAUUCAUCGGCAUCUCGAACUGGGCUUUGGACCCAGCCAAGAUGAACAGAGGCAUAUUUGUUUCACGUGGCGAUCCCGAUGAAAAGGAAUUGAUUGAAAGUGCAAAAGGAAUAUGUUCCUCAGAUGCCAUGAUCCUCGAAAGGGUGAGAGAAUUCUUUCAGCCAUUUGCCCGUGCUUACCAGAAAAUCUGUAGGAAAAAGGGAAGAGGUUUCUUUGGUCUGCGAGACUAUUACAGCUUGAUAAAGAUGAUGUUUGCUGUUGUCAAAGCUUCUAAUCAGAAGCCUAAGGCCGACCAGAUUGUGAAUGCUGUGCUAAGGAACUUCAGUGGGAAGGAUGAUGUGGAUGCUGUCUCAAUUUUCACCAGCAGACUAAGUAUCCCAACGAACCUUGAGAAUAUCAGUGCCAUUGAGCUUGUAAGAGAUAACAUCACAGCCAUUGGCCAAGAUGAGGAAUGCAGAUACCUGCUUGUUCUGACCAAAAACUAUGCAGCCCUUCGAAUUCUUCAGCAGACGUUUUUUGCAGACCAAUGCCAACCAGAGAUUAUCUUUGGUUCAAGCUUUCCAAAAGACCAGGAGUAUACUCAGAUAUGCCGCAACAUUAACCGUGUUAAGAUUUGUAUGGAAACCGGUCAAACCAUUGUGCUUCUGAACUUGCAGAACUUGUACGAAAGCUUGUAUGAUGCUCUCAACCAAUAUUACGUUACCCUUGGAGGUCAGAAAUAUGUGGAUCUGGGGCUUGGAACCCAUAGAGUCAAAUGCAGAGUCCACAAGAACUUCAGGCUCAUCGUCAUUGAGGAGAAAGAUGUCGUAUACAAGCAGUUUCCCAUUCCACUGAUCAACAGAUUGGAGAAACAUUAUCUUGACAUCAAUACUGUCCUAAAGAGUGAGCAAAAGGACCAUGUUGAGAAGCUUAAAGGGUGGGUUGACUUUUUCAUUUCUGCUAGAAGCAAGCUCCCAAUUGCUCCCCAAGCACGCCAUUAUCGUCCAGCUGAUGCUUUCAUUGGCUACCACUCGGACACAUGUGCGUCUGUUGUACUGCAAGUCACAGAGCAGCUCAAAGGGGAAAUGGAGCUCUCAGAUCCUAAAAUCUUAGAUGAGGCCAAAAUGAUCCUUUUGAAUUGUGCAACGCCAGAUGCCGUGGUUCGGCUAGACUGCACUUCCCUCUCCAGUGUAGAAACUGAGAACUUGUCAAGGAUGUACUUUGAAGAACAGAAGCAUAGCUCCCUUGCUGACUUCAUCCUUUCCCACAUACAAGAAGCAGGGCCUAGCCAUGCCUUUUUCACAGAGGUGACCACCUUCUCAAGGCUUCUGACCGCAGCUGAAAUUGAGCCACUACAGAACGUGGUCCAAAACGUAGAGCUCCUCUCUCUACAGCAGUUUGACACUGAACACUCAUUCCUCAAGAAAAUCAAAAAUUAUUUGGAAAACACCACCGGGGACAAGAUACUUAUCAUCCAAACCGAUUUUGAUGAAGGCUCCCCAAGUUUAAAUGUCAUUGCAUCUGCGAAGUAUUCAUCUAUCAAUGAGAUCAACAAAUUCAGGAAAGAGGGCCAUGUAAAGACUUUUAUGUACUUCGUCACUAAACUGCCAAGAGUGGAUGGUGGAACUUCUUACAUUGGAUUUCAUGGCGGUCCGUGGAAGUCUGUCCACAUUGAUGACCUCAGAAAGUCGAAAGACAUCGCCUCUGAUAUAAAAGCCUUGCAGGGUCUGACCAUCAGUCAGUUGUUUGAAGAGAAAGCAGAGAAAAUACCUGAUCCUGAAGCAAUGGAGGUUGAGGAAAUGUACGCAGAAGAAGGAGAAGAAGAGAAGAUGGAAGUAGAAGACAAUACUGCGAGUCACAACCUCAACGACAGCAAUGGCUUGGAGAAUGUUGUGGACACCACAGCGCUGGUGCGUAGCUGUGUUCAGAGUGCAGUUGGCAUGCUAAGAGAUCAGACCGAGGCGGGCACCCGCAGCACCAAGAGAGUACAAAUUUUGCUCUUGCUCCUGGCUGACAGUGAGAGUCUACAAGCUGAAUUUCUGAAAACAUUAAAGAAGCGAAUUCAUUUCCUAUUGAUGGCUCAUGAUGCAAACACAAUCUCUGCCAAUACCUGGGUCUCCAAGGAAGCGCUGAAUAUUGAUGCAUUGCAAGAGGGUGGAACUUUUAGGCAUGCCCUGUGGAGGCGAGUUCAAGCUGUAGUAACUCCCUUCUUGGCUCAGCUUGUUUCAGUUAUUGACCGUGACUGCAAUCUAGACCUCUUGCUGGAUACAAACUCUGAAGAGUCCUUGAAGAAACUGUGGUUGAAUAUUUUUGGAGAUGUCAAGUUACUGAAUGUUACUCACACAAAUGUGAAAAACAACUCGACGAUCUUGGUUCAGAACUACAUUGCCGUUGACAGGAACAUGGGUUGCACCAUGCCUUUCAGCUGGAGAAUUAAAGAUUGUCUAGAGGACCUCUGGGUACAUGCUUUGCAGCGAGAAGGACACUCUCUAAAGCAGUUUGAAGAGUUUUUUUGGAAGACCCCCUUGGGCAGGUACAUCUCUGAAGCAUCCCAAGAGAUGCAGAUGGAGUUUUUCCACAGGUAUCUCCAGGAUUUCGUCUCCAUGACCAUGAAUGUAAUAUCGAACGUGGACCUCGAGCUCUUGUGUGGAGCCCUUACUUGCGGUGUACAUGAGCUUAGAGAUGGUGAGGAAGCACAUGAAGGUGAAGUCAUUUCUCUGCCGUGGGUUCAUGCUGCCUACCAUCACUUCAAGAACCGAAUACAGAACCUCAACCGGAUGAUCAGUAUACAGCCUCAGAUAGCUCAGAUGCUGCAAUAUAACAAACCUGCAAGAGAGGGCAGAGAACUUGUGUUAGAUGUGUACGCUGCUAUGGCCUGUAUUGAAUACCUGGAGCCCCAGACUCUAGAUGAAGAUGCCGAGAGUCUGGCCUGGCUCAGGCGUGUGAAGAAGCUGCAGGUGCCGAUUGAGCUGGUCUGCUGUGAGGAGAGCGUUCGCCACUACGGAGAGAAAAGCAAACAGAUGGUCUCCCUCAUCCAACGAGGCUGGCAACGCAUCUACUCUCUGGCCUUGUUUGUGGAGCACAUGCUUUUGGGUGUUGGAGAGCUGCAGUUGAAACUCAGGCCACUGGUUCUGGAACAUACUCGACGCCUAGCACAAGUCCUGGAGAAGAACUCGGACCUCAAGAAGAAGCAGCCGUUUGAGGCAGUGAUCACCGUACUCAAAGCCUGCAAAGAUGAAGCGUCUCAGAGCAUUUUUAGGUUUGGCGUUCAGCUUUGUCCAGUGUGCAUGGGAGACCCUCGGGACCCCUUGAGUCUGCCGUGUGACCACAUCUACUGCCUGACCUGCAUCAAGCAGUGGCUGGUGCCCGGUCAGAUGCACUGCCCUCUGUGUGUACAAGAAGUGCCGGACACCUUUGAGCUCAAGGCCUCGGAUGCAAUACGGGGUCUCAUCAAUCAAAACGCGUUGUUCAAAAUGCGAUGUAAUGCUUUCUUCAUUGACCUGGUGUCCAGCGUGUGCUUCAAGGACAACACUCCUCCCAGCAAAGACAUCAUUCUCCACCUGCUGUCUCUUCUGAUGGUCGAGGCCUGCUCGCUGCCUCAGAUCAGAGGGCAAGACCGCAGGUUCCUGACUAAGGCUCUUUCUCCCUUCGAUGACUCUGUGGAUAAAAACCCAGUGGUGCGUUCAGUGGUGCUGAAACUCCUGCUCAAAUACAGCUUUGAUGAUGUGAAGCUCUAUCUUCAGCGGCAUCUGACAGAGGUUGAGCAAAGCAACAUCAUCGAGGAGACUGAUAAAACUGAGCUUUAUUCCUUGUACAUAAACUGUUUGGAGGACUCGAUGUACGACCGCACGCAGUGGCACUCUGUGGCGGAGCAGCAGGCCUGUUUGCAGGAAGAAAUGCUCUUUCUGCUGGACUUCGCUGGCUCUGCCUCCGUGUCUUCACACACCGCGUCUAUAGAGCACCUGCAGCGCGUGGCCAGGGUCCGGCUGGACCUGGAUGUGGCCGCUGACCUGCUAGUCAACAGAGGUGUACACGAUGAUCCUUCGGCUUCCGGCCGAGAGUUUUUGAAGAGUGUGGUUGACCUGUGCAGCAGGAGUAGGAAUGACUGGUACAGGGUUUACCUCAUCAGAAAGAUCUGCAGUCUUCACGGCGUCGAGUACGUCCAGAAACUCCUGCCUCAGGAAAGCUUCAGGUGGCUGUUUCCUCAGGAGAUCCUGGAGUCGGAUCAAGAUGACAGCCAGAUUGACCAGUAUCUAGCAUGUGGAAGGAACUACAAAAUUAUUAGAGAUGCCGUAGCCAAAGCCAUGCUGGAUUGCAACAUGAAUGGAAUACAGAAAGCCAUAGAGGAUUGCAACUGCACACCCAUGAAGAAAGCUGUGUAUCUGCUAAUGGCUUUGUUCAGAGAAGUCACCUCCCUGUACAGAAGUGCAAACAGAAACAUGCACCCUAAACCUGAGCAAUGUGCUGGCCUUGGAGAUUUUAUCAGAGGCUCAGACGUCUUCGUCAAUGAUGAAAUGCGAGCGUUUGCUGAAGCGCUGGUGAACAAUCGCCUGCAUGCUCUGCGUGUUCAAGCGCAGACGUCAGGCAGAGAGUUUGUGCUGGUGGAGGUCACAGUUCAUAUGGCUGCAGUCCUGCUGUGUGGAAAUCUGCCUUUACUGCAGCCACUGCAGCGACUGGCACUGUCCCCAAACAACAUGACGGCUUCAUUCAUCCCAACUAUGCCUGAUGACAUGUUGGUUGUUGCCCAGCAGGCCAUGGGACCACUUCAGUGGUAUUUCUGUCCUAAUGGUCAUCCAUGCACUGUUGGUGAGUGUGGUCAACCCAUGCAGGUCGGUCACUGUCUAGACUGUAACGCAGAAAUAGGUGGCACCAACCACAGGCCCGUUCAGGGCUUCCAAGCCAUGCACAUACAAGGGGACCGCACUAAGUCGGGACACAUUCUGGGCGAUGCACAGCGUCGUGAUCAUCCUGACAUGCAGGACACUAAGAACAUGUCUCCGGCCCCCUUCGCUCUCCUCAGACUGCUCACACACAUGUCCAUGCUGCUGGGAGCUCAAAACAACACACAGAGUGUUAUGCAGAUCAUCAAGCCUGCAGUGCUGGAUCCUGGCCGGUUCCUGAUGGGCCAUCUUCUGAAGGACAUGGAGCAGCUGAGCAGAGCUCUGGGUAAAGGAGUGGAUGAUACAGUCAAUACUGUCCAUUUGAUCAUCCACAGUCUCCUGGAGCCCCAUCAGCCCAGCCGGUGGCCUGUUCUUUAUGAUCAAAACCUUACCACUAAAGAUGCAAGAAAUGCUUGGGAAACUGCCAUGAAUACUGAUGUCAUCGCACAUCAGCUGAAGGUUUUGGAGCAUCAGCUAAAGGAAGUGAACGCAUUCAUCAGGGAAGAUGAGCGAGUGUCUUCCAAUCCGGUGAUGAAGUUGACAUUUGGGGAACCAGGGCUUUUCCUGCGCUCUCUGCCAAAGAAAUCCCUCAUCCAUAAUUCAUCCAUCUGGAGCUGCCGGAAGAAGGUCUCGAUGUUGAGUCUGACACACAUUGUGGAGCAGAACAACGGCCGGGACACUUUGCCUGUGUUCUGGAAGUUCCUUCAACGGGAAGCAGAGCUUCGGCUGGUGAGGUUCCUGCCCGACAUCUUGGCUCUCCAGAGGGAAUUGGUAAAGAAGUUUCAGAACGUGACAGACCUGACCUACAGCACCAUAGGAGAGUUCCUGCAGAGCCAGAGAGCAGCUUCCUUCUCAGCCUGGUAUGAAAAGCGCAUAAAAAUCUUUUUGUCAACAUGGAACCAAAUCAGGGUGUCUCUGGCUACCACAGGAGAGCUGAAGCUGCCGGCCGACUACACUCAGGAGGAUCUGGGUCUGGACGCUGACCUGCAGGUUUUGCUGCCUCAAAGACACGGUCUGGGCCUGUGCUCCACUGCGCUUGUCAGCUACCUCAUCACGCUUCACAAUGAUCUGGUGUACGCUGUGGAGAAACACACCGGAGAGGAGUCUGGUUACACGGUGAGCCCAGCAGACCUGACGGAUCUGCACGUGAUCCGCUACGAGUACGAGCGGGACCUGCUGCCGCUGGUGCUGUCCCACUGCCAGUACAGCAUGGAGCGCGGGCAGGAAACCCUGCUGGAGUAUGACCUGCCCCAGAUCCAGCAGCAGAUCCUGACCCGCUUCCUACAGGGCAAACCACACAUCACCAUUAAUGGGAUUCCGACAUUGGUGAACAGACAGGACAGAAAUUAUGAGAUCAUAUUGAAAGAUGUGAAGGGCAAAGUUCAACAAGAGCCGUUGCAGCCGCUGACGCAGCACGACCUGGUGAAGGAUCUGCAGUCCUACAGUGACGUGUGUGAGGCGUUGUCCACCGUCCAGUUGGCCCUGGGGUUCCUCGCCAUGACCGGGGCUGAGCCUCACAUGCAGCUCAGCUCCUAUCUCAAAGAGGUGCUGCAGAUGACGGACCACAUGGGCUCACACAUCUACAAGGCAUUGAGCAGGUGCAGUCUGAAACACUGUGUGGCACUGUGGCAGCUGCUCAGCUCUCUGAAAUCUGAGACCAUGCUUCGUCUGAAGAGGGACCCGUUUGUGGGGAUCAGCAAAGAGUACCAGCAUCCUCUGCAGGAUGAACAAAGGACCCUGCUCAAGAGUUUCUUCACCAAGUCCAGCGCUGACGCCUUCCUGCUGGAGAUGCACGAGUUCCUGCUCCUGGUCCUGAAGAGCCCGAAGGCGCUGGACACCUUCAAGCCUGACUGGGGUCUGAAAGACACGGUUGUGUCCUACAUGGAGCGCAAAGAUCUGGACGUUCCUCCUGAGGUGGACGAGUUCUUCCCUGAAGAGAUCCUGCUCUCGCAGUACACCGACACGUGGAAGUUCUCGGUCCAAGUCAGACAAGAACGACACCAAAGAUGAAGAGCUCCUGUUGUCUUACCUAAAUCACUGGUAUCAGGGAAAGAUUCGGUUUCAUUUACAAAUGCCAUACUUAUUACAGACUUUCCAAAACUGUGCCUUUUAUGCACCUGAGUUACAGUGUAUGAGGUUCAGUGUUCUGCUGUAUAUUUAUUUACUCUUUCAUAUACAGCUCUGUGAACUGUCAUUUUAUUCGCUCUGUCUAAGUAACCUUUGGUUUGUAAUAAGUUGUGAUGUACUUCCUUAAAAUCUUUCAAAGUUCAAAACAAUCAUGAAUCCAUUGAUAAACUUGUGCUGUAACUUUUUUCUUCCAUGUUUGGGAAGUUGCUAAUUACCAUUCCUUCUUUUUUUGUUUACUUACAUAGACUGAUUUAAGGAUGUGAACUCAUUUGAGAUGUAAACUGCACGCAUGAGCCCAGGACCGGAUGCUCUUAUGUCCUUUUGUUUUGCACUUUAUCUUGUUCUCUUCUGAAAACAAUGUGUCUGUGUACCAACACAUAUGCUGGAACAAUGCUGUGUGCAAAACUGUGUUUGUUUGUCUUUUUCUAUGAUAAACAUGGGUUUGAAUAAAGUUAUGUAAUAUUUGGGUCGGAUCAUCGUCACAUGUUCUCCUGUCUCGUCCUGACAGUUUAAUAUUAAAAGCUGCUUGUCUAA